AUUCUGUGGAUGUCAUAUUACCAUAGCAUCAACAGCCCAAUAUAUAUUAUUUGGAGAAACCCUUAUCAUAAUAUCAACACCAGUGUAUACGAUGAAGUGUCUACUGCUCCUGGCUUUUGUGUCUUCGUGUCAGGGUCUGGCUGUCCAGAAGACGAAGAACCUUCCGCGACCUGAUCUUCUGGCGCUGACGGCCUUGGAUCCUCCGUCUUUGGAAGUGGAGUGGGCACCUGUGAAGCAUGAUGACCCGAGUGAACCUAUCUUGGGAUAUAAGGUCAAGGUUUGGGAGCUACCGCCUGUGAAAACCUACAAAUAUGAGUUCGUAGACGGAGUGAAGACACUAGUACAAGAAGAGAUGCCUCCUAAAAUCGGUGAUGCCGACACACCUCCAGAAAAAGACGCCAGGGAGAUCGUGGUUCCCGGACCACAUGCCUCUAAAACUAGGGUCCCUAGCAUCAAACUAAACGUUAUUUAUGAGGUACGCGUCCGUGCGUUCUCGGCGCGUCGCGACGGUCCGCUUUCUACGCACAUGCGCGUUCAGCUGAUGGAUGAUAAGGAGGAAAACGACGCCGACGUUGGCAAUGAGGUUUACCACUUUGUGUAGGAUUAGCGUAGUGAAUGAAAUAUAAUAAUUAU